AUGAGUCAGGGAAUCUCCAUCUCAAAACACUGUAUCCCUUUUCCCGAGGUCGAAAACAUGGCCGACCCAGACGAAGCCAACUCAUGGACAUGCACUGCUUGUCGCCUCCCGAUAUUCUCCACCCCUUUCGUCGAAGAUAGAUUGGGGGGCAGGCUUCACGAUCAAUGCUCUGACAAAUAUCUUCCUCUUCAACUCCCGAGCCAUCCACAGCACCCGAGGGAAGCCCUCAUUCUCCGACACCAGCUUCCGGAAGAACAUGACGAUGCGAGAUAUUAUUGCACCAGAUGUUUGUCGAGUUGUUGCGGGAGCAAAUUUUACGCGUGCCCGAUGGUUGAUGUUGGAGAUUGUGACUUCGUGUUCGAUCUGCCGUGCGCCCUGUCCAUCAAGGUCUUACACAGGAGCCACGGGCACAGGUUAACGGCAGUUAAGGGGAAUCCACGGUCUAUUUCAUCUCUCACGUUCGUCUGCAAUGCGUGCGGGAACCAACACGCGCCGGUCGGAGAGAGUAAUAAUUGCCGCCCUCAAUUCAAAGAUGCAACCGUAAAGGCUUACACGUGCACGAGCUGCGAUUUCUGGAUUCAUCCCAACUGUGCCCUUCUUUCGAAUGCCAUCAUCGACACAUCAUGUCACGAGCACCCUCUUUUCCUUGGAUUUUCUACUAACAGAUCCUCUAGCGGCUGCGACAUUUGCACCACCAAAAUCAUGGGUUUCGGGUUUUAUGCCUUGUUGGUUGGUGAAGCAGACUUGCCGAAUCUACUUCGCCUGCCAAUGGAAAACGAGCUUGCUAGCGUGAUGUCGCGUACUAUAAAAACCAAGAUACCCGAUUACCCGUUGUUUGGUCUUGGCGGUACUACAGCGAGUGAAGAUCAUCCAAUUAGUUCUAGGAUUAGCAGUGCAUCAGGCUACUGUUUGUUUACACCAAAGGUAGCCACUAAGCCCUUCACCAUAUUCGAGUGUAUGGUUUGCAAGCACAAAUGCAAUGGGUCCGCUUACUAUGUCGAAGGAAGAGAGGAAAAGUAUAUGGAUGUGGUGUGUGCCUUAAUGCCUCAGUUAAUGACGCACGGUGCCCAUGGGAAGGCCCACAUUCUUCUUUUGAGGUUGCAAAACUACGAGUUCAACGGUUAUCUUAGGAUCGAAACGUGUAAAUGCUGCCUCAAAGAUAUGAAUGAAUAUCCGAUCACUUCAUAUUCGUGUAUAAACUGUCGUAGCUUCUCCAUCCACUGGCACUGCGCUCUCCUCCUAGACACAGUCGGACACAAAUUUGACCGACACCCGUUGAAGCUAAUCACGAGCACGAGCAGAAGAGGAGAAGAAGAAGAAAACAGGCUUUGCAAGAUUUGCGAAAACGAAAUCGAUUGGAGAAAAUGGCACUACGGCUGCGAAGAAUGUAAGCAAUAUUUUCACGCGAAUUGCAUUCCUUGUGUGGAUCGUCUGUCAAAGAUGGAAAAAUUGCACUAUUCACCCACUAACUAUACCCGCGUUGCACUUUCGUUCUUUAAUUGUUUUUGUUUACAAUUGGUACACUAA